GAGUGGGGAGAACAGGGAGGGAGGUGGCAUCUGAUCUGGAGUUUAAAUUCAUAAACAACUAAAUCAGCUAUUUUGUAUGGAAAUUAUAAUGUGUGUUAUCACCUGGCUUUCUGGAAACUUGUAUCAUACUGAAUAAUUACACAGUAACAUUAUAAGUAACAUCACUCAUCCCUGAGAAGUAAUGACUUUAAUUAUUUAGAAAAAUACCAAGACAAAUUCAGUUUCCUUGAAUGGAACAUCACAAACUGAAAGUUUUCCGUACCUUUGGCAUAAACAGUAUUCAUGCUGUAACUGAAGGAGCUCCUGGAUGCUCCACCACACAAAGCUGCUCCAUCUGUGAGAAGCUGGAGGGCUUUCUGUCACAUAGAGUCCAUUUAAGGGGAUGGGAUGCUGGGACAUGAACAUGAGCUGAGUUGAGCACAUGUGGAUUCAGGAAGGGCAGACUGAUGCUGGCAGGUGCUUCUGAGUAAGAAUAAGACAGACAUCAGUGUGCUGAUUGCUAUGGGUUUGCUUAUGAAACCGUGUCAUCUGAUAAUGGCUUAUUCCGUACAAUAUUUCAUCAUAAAUGUGAUUGACAUUUCUGUUGAUGUUUUUAGAGGUCCCUCUAGUAGUGCUACUGACCAAAGUGGAUAAAGCGUGUCCACUUGUGGAAGAGGACUUGAAGAAUGUGUACUACAGCUGCUACAUAAGGGAUCUGAUCAAAAAAGCAAGUGGAUGUCUGGGCAUUGCGGAGUCGAAUGUGCUUCCUGUGAAGAAUUACUCCCAUGAGAUUGAGCUGAAUGACACCUGUGACAUCCUGCUCCUCACCGCCAUGAAGCAGAUGCUCAACUUUGCUGACAAUUACUUAGACAACUUUGAUUAGGACACUCAGUAGAGAGACACCAUGAAUUCAUGGUAAUUGGGGUCAGUGCCAACAGCUCAUUCUGAUGGUGUCGAGAGCUGCCGCCCAGGUUUUUGUGUCCUGCAGUCUAUAGAUAUAAUCAUACGCAUUAAUACUCCUGCGUGGGUCACUGUCUCUCUCAGUCUUAACUAUGGUUUGGUUCAGUUUUCUACGCCUAUAUUUCGAGUUUUCUUCAGUGUCUCUGCCAGUUUGAUUACUACCCUGUAGGUUUGGAAAUGAUCAAAUAAACUGAAAUAAAAUGGUCUCAUAUUCAA